GGGGACGAUGACUUUAGGAGUGAAUUGUUAGACCACAGAGUUGUGUGGUGAUCUGAUCAAAAUGAGUCGAAAUCGCCACACACUACAGGAACCCGACGUUAAAGAAUAUCUUGUGAAAGGAGACCGAUUCACAAAAUGGAAAGAAGACUCCAAAAAAACCACACCAGUCACCAUGAAAAUGGAUCCAAGAGGAUUUUUCCUUAUUUGGACCAACCAGAGUAAGGAUACUGAAUUUUUGGAUGUCGCGACCAUCAGGGACACAAGAGCAGGAAAAUAUGCCAAACUCCCUAAACACCCAAAAGUUCGUAACGUCUUCAACAUGGAUUUUCCUGAUAGUCAUCAUUUGGCCAAAGCACUGACCAUCGUCACAGGCACUGACACUGUCAAUCUCACAUAUCAUAACUUCUUUGCUGCAAAAGAAGUGGCCCAGACUUGGGCUGAUGACAUCCUUGCUAUCGCAUACAACACACUGAGAGCAAAUGCUUGCCGACAGGUCUUCCUGGAGAAAGUGUAUGUUCGCUUGUCACUGCAGACCAACAAGGACGGAAAGAUCCCAGUUAAAAAUAUCUUAAAGAUGUUUCCUGCUGACAAGAAAAGAGUGGAAUCCGCCCUGGUAGCUGCUAAUCUCCCGAAGGGAAAGUUUGACACCAUUAAGCAAGAUGUAUUCACUGAAGCUGCAUUCAAAACAUUUCUGCUGCAUUUGUGUCCCCGACCAGAAAUCAGUGAAAUCUUCACUUCAUUCACCAAGGGAAAAGGUUUCAUGACGAAGGAGACGAUGGCGAAGUUCUUAAACGAGAAACAGCGUGACUCUCGGCUGAAUGAGGAGCUGUUUCCACUUGUGAGACCUGAGCAGAUGAAGAAUCUCAUUGAGAAAUAUGAGCCAAGUUCCUCCAAUGCCAGUCGCGGUCAGAUAUCUCCAGAUGGUUUGCUGUUCUAUCUAAUGGGACCAGAAACAACUGUCGUGAACUUGGACAAACUGGCUCAGAGUCACGACAUGACUCAACCUUUAACACAUUACUUCGUCAAGUCCUCCCACAACACCUAUCUCACAGCGGGUCAGUUAACGGGCGUCUCGUCUCCGGAAAUGUACCGUCAGUGUCUGCUCGCCGGGUGUCGCUGUCUGGAGCUCGACUGUUGGAAGGGCAAACCUCCCGAUGAAGAGCCAAUCAUCACCCACGGCUUCACCAUGACAACUGAGAUCCUGUUCAAGGAUGUGAUCGAAGCCAUCGCUGAGAGUGCAUUCAAAACGUCCAAGUAUCCAGUCGUCCUUUCAUUUGAAAACCAUGUGGAUUCUGUGAAGCAGCAAGAGAAGAUGGCAAACUACUGCAGGACGAUAUUUGGAGAUGCUCUACUCGUUGAUCUGCUGGACAAAUACCCGCUCAAGCCAGGCCACCCAGUUCCAAGUCCAUCUGAGCUGAUGGGUAAAAUACUGAUCAAGAAUAAGAAAAGCAGCUCACCUCCAAACAAAGAAAACGCAAAGAAAGCUGUUACCGACCAGCCACAAGUCGCUGCAGAGAGUUCUGAGUCCAAUCAGAGCGAUGAUCCAAACCAUCCUGCUCCAGCAGAAGGCCAGGGUGCACCUGCCGGACAAGAAACUCGUGAUGAGCCGACUGAAGAACAGGAUGAUCAUGAUGAACAUGAUGAGGAAAAGAUGAAGAACUCUGAUGAGGGUACCGCUGGACAGGAAGUGACAGCGUAUGAAGAGAUGUCAGCGCUGGUCAACUAUGUUCAGCCGAACAAAUUCAUCUCUUUUGAGAAUGCAGCGAAAAAGAACAAGAGUUUCGUGAUCUCGUCAUUCGUGGAAACCAAAGGAGAAAGUCUGAUUGCCAAGAACGCUGUGGACUGGGCCGAAUACAAUAAGAGGCAGAUGAGUCGUAUCUACCCUAAAGGAACCCGUGUGGAUUCUUCAAACUAUAAUCCUCAGCCGUUCUGGACCGCUGGCUGUCAGUUUGUGGCACUCAACUACCAAACUAUGGAUUUCCCCAUGCAGCUGAACAUGGCUCUGUUUGAGUAUAAUGGUCGGACGGGUUACUUGCUCAAACAUGACGUCCUGCGGAGAAACGACAAGAAGUUCGAUCCCUUCAGUGACAGGAUUGAUACUGUUAUUGCCAGCACGCUCACAAUUAAGAUCUACUCAGGUCAGUUCCUAUCUGAUAAGAAUGUGAAGACCGGAGUCGAGGUGGAGCUCAUCGGUUUGCCAAAAGAUCCUAAAAAAAAGUACCGCACCAAAUGGACCACCACACCAAACGCCAUCAACCCAGAGUGGAAUGAGGAGCCAUUCGUCUUUGAGAAGAUCUUGCUGCCGGAAAUGGCCUAUCUCAGACUCGUCGUUCUUGAGGAUGGUGGCAAGUUCUUAGGUCACAGAAUCAUUCCACUUGACGCUCUUAAAACAGGUUUCCAACACAUUUGUUUGCGCAGUGAGAGUAACAUGCCGCUCAUGCUUCCGUCUCUGUUUGUGCACAUUGAAGUCAAGGACUACAUCCCUGCUGCUUUCGCUGAUUUCACAGAUGCACUUUUCAAUCCAGUGAAGACUUCAAAGCCACCGAAGACUGAGAGUUCAACGUAUGUAUGUGAAUAUGAGUUACCUGCUGCGGAUGGAGCCCCACCAGCUGCCACACCAGCACCUGCUGCAGAACCAAAGGCUGAGAGUCCAGCAGAGGGCGGUGUUGCACCAGAGGAAAAACCAGAGGAAAAACCAGAACCAGUCCCUGCUCCAACUCCUGAACCACCUGAACCAAAACCAGAACCAGCCCCAGAACCACCUAAACCUGAACCAGAACCACCUAAACCUGAACCAGCACCAGAACCACCUAAACCUGAACCAGAACCAUCCACAGAACCACCUAAACCUGAACCAGAACCAUCUAAACCUGAACCAGAACCAUCCCCAGAACCACCUAAAUCUGAACCAGCGCCAGAACCAGCACCAGAACCACCUCAACCUGAACCACAACCAGAAGAGAAACCAGAAGAGCCUGCUUCAGCUGAAGAUAAUAAUGUGACAGAGAUCGAGACCACAGAAUCCAGUCCUGCAGAAAAAACCAGUGAGGAAACCCUGUCUGAUCCGUCAGAUCCACCAAGUGUGACAUCUGAAGAACUACAGCAGCAUAAGAACUUCCUGAAGGUCACCAAGAAACAAGAGAAAGACCUCAAAGACAUGGAGAAGAAGUUUCAGAAGAAACAACAAGACCUGACACAGAAGUACAAUGAGCAGCUUAAAGCCUUGAAGAAGAAGAAUUCGGGCAAGAAGACAGAGGGUUCAGAUCCAACUGAGCAGAUCACUGAACUCAAACAGAAACUCAUGUCUGAGCUCAGAGCUCUGCUUGUGGAGAAGUAUGAUCAACUGAAGAAGAAAAAAGAGCAACAAAAUACUGAGCGCUUGACCAAACUCCUGGAGAUGGCCACAGAGAAACACAGCAGCGAACUGAAGACACUCAGCAGUGAGAUGAAAAAGAAGAGGGAAAAAAUGAAGAAGAGCAAAAGUUCUGAUCAGCUUGACAGUGAUGCUCAGUCCGCAGAAAACAACAACCCUGACGGUACACCUCAGGAACAGAGUUUGAAGAAGAGACAAGCCAGUACGCUCGCUAACAUCAGAGACCUGAUCAGUCAGCUCAACAAAGACGCUGUGUCCGAGCACACUAAGAAGAUGUGGUCCCUGCCCAGCGAGCUGUCGGAGACUGUGAACUCCUGCGUCAAACCUCAUUUCCCCGAACACGUGGACAAGGACGGAGAAAAAAGCUCCUAACCCGCGGGACAGUACAGCCAAGUUUUUGUAGGAUAAACUGCUUUUAUAUACUUUAGGAGCACAACACGAGUAUAGAUUGAUUAAUUCAAAUUUUACAGCAUGUUUAUUUUUCACUGUCUAUUAUGACAUUCUUGAUGUUAUACAGUUUAGUGCUUAAACUUUCAUUAAAAAAAGAAAGUGACAGUGAGCGUGUCAGUUGACCAAAUAUAUAUACAGUACAGGUUUUUCAUAUAUUUAAUGAUCAUUACACGGACGUCUACAAGAUGAAUAUAAUCGUGUUUCCGGCUGUGUGUAAUUUUCAUUAUGCAUUACAUUAUGUUGUGUUCCUUUAAUAAAAAAGAUUUUCGACUCGUCCCUCCUUUUCUUUAAAAAAAGCACAAAUGUGUGUUCCAGUGAGACACUUACAAUGGAAGUCAAUGGGGUCAAUCUGUAAACAUUAAAAUACUCACUGUUUCAAAAGUAUAGACACAAGACAUAAACAAUAUGUGUGUUAACAUGAUUUUACUGUGAUAAAAUCAUGCACUAACCGCAUCUGUGGAAAGUUAUAUCCAUUACUACAACUUAGUUGCCAUGACAACAAAAGCUUGCAGUUCCGGUAUUAGCUAUAACUUUACACAGAUGCGGUUAGUAAGCGAUGUUAUCACACUAAAAUCAUGUUAACUCACAUUGUUUACAUCUUGUGGCUAUACUUUUGAAACUAUAUACAUUUUAGCAUUGGACUGGCCCCAUUCACUUCCAUUGUAAAUGGUCCCUGAACCAUAUAUAUAUAUAUAUAUAAAUGAGGGACGAGUCAGAAUUAUUUUUUGUUGUAAUUAACAUAAUGCAACACAAAUGCUGUUACUCAAGCUUCACUUUUAUUGAACCUGGAAUAUUCCUUAUUUAAUGAUGCACACACAAAAAAUAUAUUUUCUGAGAAAUGCACUUUGUAAAAAGACUUUAAGAACACGUUUAUGGUGGAGGUGACUGUAAUCAAAAUCUAAAUGAAAAGGUGGCAUUAUUUUUCAUUCAUAAACAAGAGCUCUCAAACAUCCACACUGACUUUUAGAAAUAAUAUACUGAAUUAAAACAGGUCUUUUUUAGAGGGCAAAUGUACACCGAUUUUGAAGACUGGAGAAGGUGGGAGUUUGAGAUGAGGGGUGAGAAAUGUGUUCAGUACUUGUGUUUGAACCAUCAGAUCUGCUCUCAACAAACAGUACAGAAAAGGCUGGAUCUGUUGAAGAGGUGACUGAUACUCGAACCCUCACAGACAGACAGUGAGUCAGCCCACACAUCAUCUUAAACAUCUCUCAUUCUCGCAAUUAUUCAGAUGUUUUGUCAAGUCUGUGUCCUAUUUAAAUCACUAGAUGGAUCAAAAAUGAUUUGGUGUAAAAAAGGGUAACAAUACCUCUAUGCAUACCUCUACCUCCAACUAUGUCAACAAUCAAAACAAAAACAUUCUGAAAGCUUAAAAACUUCUUAAACUGUUUGAAGGAGAUCUUAAAUUAAUUUAACAUUAUUUUACAAUAUACUGCUGUUGGCUCUUUUAUGAUAAGUUGCUUUGAAUAAAAGUAUAUGUUAACACACAAUAAUGUAAACUGUUGAACUCUGGUUACCAUGGUACAUUUCUGUAAGAGGUUCAUCCGCAAACAUCAUGAGAUAUUGUAGAUCAGACUGAUUGGAGACUAUUUUUAACAAAAGGAAUAAACUGCUCAUUGUUUGUUUUGAAGGUUCAGUAGUAAACACACACGGAUUCCCAUCUGUCACAUGCAAGUAACAGUGAUGGUUUGAAUUCAUUCUCUAAUUGAUUGAGAGAAACCAGAUUAUUCUGCCUUAAAAAGCUUUUUAAGAUCGUCCACCGGGCUUCAGUUUUGACACACAAUGGCUUUCUCGGCUCUAAUUUCCUGUACUACAUUUGAGACCUCAAUUGUCAAAAUGGUCAUCUGCUGACAGGAGAAAAUUUUCUGAUAUCAAUGGAUUGAAGAAAGGAGGAUGCUGUCCUAAAAAUAUGAAUGUAGACAACAUUCUGUUAAAACUAAAAGCGAAACAGACACUCAGUUUUGCAAAACAAUUCAAUUUCACUGCAUAAUG